AUGCUGACCACAACCAUUUCUAUAUUUCCCCUUCAUCGGAUCCCACCUCCUCGUCGUCCUAUUAAACUCCACGCCUGUCUUUUCCCUCAUCUAACCCCGACACCGCACCCUUUGCUGCACCUGGAUGAUGAUGCCCUGGACAUCCCCUCCCCUCGGGUGGACGUCGGUGGUAUUGACCGAGCAAAUCGAGCGUCGUACGCUUCGCUAAUUCUUUCCAAUUCCCCGGGAUCUUUAUUUCGUCUGCCGUUUGGUUUUCCACCGUGGUUUUCUACGACCCCUACGUCUUCUUCUUUUCCUCUCCCGUCCGGGUACCACCUCUCACCAUCUACGAUUUUUCAAUCGUUUGUUCUUUUUUUCUACAUUUUUCUUCUUUUUCCUUUUUUCUUUCAUUCUUUCUCUCUAUUGUUCGUAUUUUUCAAUCGUUUAUUCUUUGCUUUUUUCAUUAUUCAUCUUUUUUCUUUCGGUUACUUGAAAAGAACGUAUUUCAUUUGUCUUUCGCCAUUAUCUUUCUUUUUUCAUUCAUCUAUUGUUUUUUUUCUUUCUUUCAGUUUUGCCUUUCAUAUCUUUCAUUUUUCUUUUUUAUCCGUUUAUUUUGCCAAUAUUUUUAUCUCUCCUUUAUUUCUAUCUAAACAUUUUUUUUUCUUUUAUUUAAUUUUUUUUUUCUUUCUUUUUUGGAUUUUUCGCCUGCUUAUUCUUUCCGCUUUUUUUUUUUUAUUACUCUUUUUCCCUUCCGUUGUUUCGGUUUUUUAUUCUUUUCUUUCCAGUCUUGCUUUCCUUUAUUUCUUCCUCCCCUUUGAUUUUUCUGUCUGCUUUUCUUUUUCUUUUUUUCUUUUUAUCAUUCUGAGAUUUUUCUUCCACUUCUUUUUCGUUUCUUCUUUUUUUCAUUUUUGA